AUGUCUGGAGAAAUUAUCCAACGAAAAGCAAAAGAGUUUUUGCAAAAAAUGUAUGGUGAAACUAAUCCAGAAUUCAGUUUUUCUAGUGGAUGGUUAGAAUGUUUCAAGGCAAGAUAUGGAAUCAAAUCUUACCGACGUUUUAGUGAAAGUGGUUCAGUUAUCAUGGAGAACAUUGAAAAUGCUUUACCUAGAAUACGAUCAAAACUAGACCAAUUUCAGUUGAAGGAUAUUUACAAUAUGGAUGAAAUUGGAUUAUUUUAUCGAUUGGAAGCUGAUCAUUCACUUGCUACCAAAUGCUUUAAAAAUGUAAAGAUGAACAAUCUUAAUUGCAAGUAUCGAUCCAACAAGAAAGCUUGGAUGACUGACUUGCUUUUUCAAGAUUUUGUUGGUUGGUUUGAUAAGAGAAUGAAUGGCAGGAAGGUUCUCUUAAUAGUAGACAAUUGCCCAACUCAUCCAAAGGUAGUUGAAAGCUUGAGAAAUGUAGAGUUAUUUUUCUUACCUCCUAACACAACGUUUAAGAUUCAACCAUGUGAUGUUGGGAUUAUUCGAGCAUUCAAAGCUCAUUAUCGUCGUCGCUUUUAUUCUAGCAUCUUACAAGGCCUUGAGGUUGAAGCACUAAAUUCUGAAAAAAUUAAUAUUUUGAAUGCUAUUAAUUUUGCUAACAUGGCUUGGAAUUUUGAUGUGAAGACAACAACAAUUGCAAAUUAUUUUUGGCAUUGCAAGAUUCGGUCAGAAGAAAACAAUGUUCUCGAACCAGAAGUUGGUGAAUUAGAUGAAGGUAUCCAAGGAUUAAAUGAUGUCAUCUCUAAUUUACACUAUAGAAAUGUGAUGGAUGUUGAACAUCUUUUGAACUAUCCUAGCGAGAAUGAUGCAAUUAUGGAAUCACCUAGAGAUGAAGAAAUUAUUCAAUUGGUAAUGAACAGUAAUGAUGAUGAGAAUGAUCCUGAACCAGAUGAUAGUAGUGUUGUCCCAAAUGUGUCGUCAAAAGAGUCAUUUCAAGCAAUAGUCACCUUAAGCAACUACUUGCUAAAACACGAGCAAAAUAUUACGGAAGUUGUGUAUGCUCUACAAAAUUAA